UUAUUAUUAUGACCCCUUAUUGCAAUUGAAUACUUGUUUAUAUUAUAUUAUAUUUUUAUUAUUUUAUUAUGACGCAGCCAACAAGAUAGAUAUGCUGGAUUUCAUAUCACAAAAUUAUUGUUAUUAUUAUACACCGAAUACACAAAAGAGAGGAUUUGCAAGGAAGCCAAAUCCCGUGCGGACGUGGCUCUGGCUCUGCUCCCGGUCUUGUUUUUAAUUCCCGUCCGUCAGCGACAUCUGGGAUCACUUUGGCCGGAAAAGCUUGUUUUUGCGCUCAAUCCUCUUAAGUGCGUUUUUGCAUCCCUGCUUCGCUUCCAAACCCAUGGAUAGAUCCGCGCCCGCCCAGCCCUGGGUCCGUGCUCCAGCAUCCACGACUGCCAUGGAGACCCCCAGGGGAGAGCAGUCAGGGGAGAGUGCUGCCGCCGCCGCCUUUGCGGAGUACCGCCCCCCGUCCCUGGACGACAUCCGUGUCCCGCGCUACGCCGUGUACGUGUGCAUGGCGGUGCUGAUCGUGCUGGGCGUGGCCUACGCCAUCGUGGGACACCUCAUCGACGACCUGGCCCACGACCUGGCCGACUGGGCUUUCGGCCCCAAAGUGGACGAGAAGAAGCCCCCGGAAGAGGACGGGGAUCGGGACGGAUCGGGAUCCGCCGGGAUCCACUUGGAUUGGCACGGGGAGGAUCUCCUCUUGACGGCGGAGGAGAGCCCAGGCGGCUGACUUCCCUGCCUCUUGCCCGGAUUCCCCGGCUCCGGGUGCGGAAACUGAAGACGAAAAAAUACGGGUCAUUUUUGUCGUCUGUCUAUGCAAAUACCCUCUCUGAUUGACUUUGCAGUUGAAAGGCUACUCAAUACAAUUUAAGUUUGCUCAUUGCAACAUCCA